UCGUACACAAUAUUUACAACUCAUUUUACAUUAAAAACAAUGUCUAAAGCAAUUACCGAGCGCUACUCCAAAGAGUAUACCCCGGAGCGCCCCACGCCGCUCGACUUGCCGGUGUUCCUGCCCUACGCCUGCUCCCAGCUGCAGGCGCCCUUCGACGUGCGCGUCAACGUGGAGCUACAGGACGAAUACGUCAGCAAGACGGCAGAGGACAAAUCAAAAAAGGGGAAAUCGGCCAAAUCAACCGUCCAGCACACGUCGCGCACGUUCGACUCGCCGCAGAGGCAGGAGGAGUCGGCGUCGGCGGCCGCGCCGCUGCAGCUCGCCGACGACGACGACGAGCCCGUCAUCGCGCUCACCGCCGUGUGCGACGCGGCCGGCGCGCUCGUGGAGCUGGCCUUCCGGCGCGCGCCGCAGCUGCCGCGCCUGCUGCUCAAGGUGCUCGGCAUGUGCGUGCCUUUCCACCCCGCGCUCGCGCGCCUCACCGUGCGCUGGGGCCCGCUCGACGGCGAGGCGCUGCACGAGCUCGCCAAAUUCCUACCGCUGUCGCACAUCACCGACGUGUGCCUCGACGACUCGCCCGUGCCCGAGCGCAACUACGACCUGCUGCUCGAGCGACCGUCGCAGCUGCGCAGCCUGUCGCUGGCGCGUUGCCAGCUCGACGACCGCGACUGCCGGCUGCUGGCGGCGCGCCUGGCGCACCCGCUGCCGGCCGCGCGCACGCUGCUCAUGCUGUCGCUGGCCGCCAACACGAUCUCCGACGACGGCGCCCGCGCGCUCGCCGCCGCGCUGCGCAGCAAUCGCGCGCUGCAGUACCUCAACCUGAGCGGCAACCGGAUCGGCGACGACGGCGCGGGCGAGCUGCUCGGGAGCCUGAUGGAGUUCCCGCUGACCCACGAGGAGCUGGUCACGAAGCGGCGCCGCCGGCUCGAGUACCUGCGGCUGAGGGACGAGGUGACGCGGAAGUGCCACGCGGAGCUGGCGGCGGCCGAGAGGGCGCUGGACGAGUUCAGCCGCAGCGGCAAGCGGCGCCAGACGGUGGGCGGCGGGCGCGGCGGCGGGCGGCGCACGAGCGCGGCGGGGCACGCGGCGGCGGCGGCGGGCGCGGGCGCGGACCCGCUGGCGCUGAAGGCGCAGGCGAUGGCGGGCGAGCUGCUGGGCCCGCACGCGGACCCGUUCGGCGCCGAGGGCACGGUGUCGCGCGACGGGUACGUGUUCUCGGCGGGCAACCCGACGCUGGUGGCGCUGAACCUGUCGUACAACGCGCUGGGCUUCGCGUCGCUGGCGCGGCUGGCGGCCGUGCUGCGCUACCAGGAGCGGACGCGCGCGCGGGGCGGGCUGCUGCGCGUAUUAUUGGAGGGCAACGCGCUGCCGGUGGCGUGCCGCGAGCUGGCGCGCGUGCAGGAGCUGCUGGAGCGCGCGCUGAGCUGGAAGCUGGCCAAGCCGCUGAAGACGAAGCCCGAGCGGCCCGUCGGGAAAGCCAAAUCCAAGUAG